AUGGACCAUAACGGUUCCGUGUUAUCGUCUCCGAGUGAUUUUGCGGAGGGUGUGGGUCGAAUGUUUUAUUUAAUUGACCCAAAGAAAACCAGAUUUGAGCGUGUAGGGGAUGUGCCCAACUUUUAUGUGCAGUCAUGGCCAUACUUCUUUACCUUUAUGAUAUUGGAGCAUAUUGUUUUGAAACUUAAAGGUAAACGAGGUAUUCGGCUGAAUGAUGGUAUUACAAGUUUCUCAAAUGGCAUGUUCCUGGAAGGUGGCAGGAUGCUAUGGCGCGGUGCAGAAUUCUAUACCUACACAUGGAUUUAUAACAACUGGAAGAUGGUGGACUUGCCCUGGGACUCAACCGCCACUUGGCUAUUGGCAGCCUUGGGGGUGGAUUUCUGCUACUAUUGGAUGCAUAGAGCUUGUCAUGAAAUCCAUAUACUUUGGGCACAACAUCAAGUUCAUCACACCUCGGAAGACUUCAACAUGGGAGUUGGCAUCAGGCAGUCCAUUUUGCAGGGAUGGUGUGGCUUUGCGUUCUAUCUCCCACUGGCAUUGGCAAUCCCACCAGCCCAAUUUAUGGUCCACCACCAAUUCAGCUACUUGUACAUGUUCUGGAUACAUACGGAAGCUGUUAAUCGUCUCGGCCCGUUGGAAUACUUCUUAAACACCCCCAGUCACCAUAGGAUUCACCAUGGCAGCAACCCGUACUGUAUUGAUGUCAAUUACGGCGGAGUGCUUAUUAUCUGGGAUAAGAUCUUCGGUACAUUCAGAGCUGAGAAGGACACUGAUCGGAUUGUCUACGGUCUUAUUUACCAACAACCUUCCUUCAAUCCUAUUCACUUACAGACAUUUUACACCAAGUACGUAAUUGCUAAAUUCAAGGAAUACACAACCUGGAGUCAUAAACUUCAAGCUGUAUUUAACCGACCUAGUUGGAAACCUGAGAACUACGUACGGUUCCAAGAUAUGCCUGAAGAUCCGGAUCUUCAACUUCGAGUAAAAUACGACGUUAUUCUUCCAAAAUGGUGUACCGCCUACCUAUUGUGCCACUACGCGUUGGUGUUAUUCGGAUUCUAUCGGCUCUUUACGUUGCAUUUGAGUCUUUCACCAGUUGCCGUUUUAGCUUUCGUUCUUUACCUCCUCGGCUCCCUCACGGUAUUUGGAAUGAUUCUGGACGCUUCCCCAAAAGCGCCGUUCUUGGAGCUAUUACGUUGUCUCGUACUCAUCACUGCUACAUCCCUAGUACCUUCGUUAAGACUUAACUUGUUUUCACAAAUGUUCUACGUAUCUUCUGCUAUAUUUUGGUUCUUAUUCGUUUAUAAGACUAUUGUCAUCAAAGUUGAAAAGAAAGGUGACUAG